AUGCGCCCGGGGGCGGCGUCCCGCCUGCUGCAUAAUUCAGAGCGCGGGCGCCGCGGCAGCGGCCGCGGCCGCUGUUUGCAGACGGCGUCCAGAAGAAGGCGCAGAGCGGAGAGCGGCAGGCGAUCGAUGCGCGCCCCUGUCCUACACGGACCGCGAUCACCGGAUCCUGGUGGUGAGCGAGGCGCCACCUCAAGUGCGGGCGCCGCGGCGCGCGCUGACGGAUUUACGGCAGCGCCGUAUCAGCCGCAGCCACUUAGCCGGAGCGUCCCUCGUUACUGGCGGCGGCAGCUGCGCGCCGCGCCUGCUCCUGCUCUGCUGCCCCGGCGUGCUGGCGAUAACCCCGGCCUCCUGUCGCCGCCCGCCGCCUUCCGUCUGCCUCCUGUUGGCCGCGUGUGCGCGCCGCCAACCGAGACGGCUCCAUCUGUGGUAGCAGAGCGCGCGGCGACGCGCUACAAGCGGCUCGCGCCACGUAAUCCCGUCCAGGCAAGGCGCGGCGCGGCCCGGCGAGGCGCGGCGUGUGGGCGUGGCCGGCGACAGGCCCCUCCCACCGCCUCCCGGCAUGCAGCGCGCCCCGCCGCCCGGAAAACGCGCCGCCGGCGCUAUCUGGCGGCGGUUCCGAGAAGCCCCCAGCCCCGCUGCCCCGUUGCCACUGUGGAAAAGGCAGCUGCCACGGUUAUUGCAUCCUCGAGCAUCGGCUGGCUGCAGGGCGCUUCAUCAGCUCGCGCGAGGACGACACAGGCUGCAACAUUUCAGCAGCAAGUGCCGGAGAUCCAUUCAUGUGAAAACAGUCUCUUACUGGCAUAA